AUGGCCAUGCUCUACACCAAGGAUUACAAUCUCACGGUGAAUGAAAAUAUAGUCUCACAGUUGCUUGCUAUGGAGAUCUUCUUUCCUUAUCGUGUCCCUUUUGGACCUCACCAGGGCAAAGUCAAGUACACGUCAGGCGACUUUGUGGGGUGUUUCAAAGAUCUAGUACAACAAGAACAAGAAAGCAUCAAAAUCAAAGUCCUGGGGGAAUGGUUUAACUACCACUGUAAAAGUGGCCGCAAGUUGAAAUUUUCACCGGAAUUUGUUAAAGCCAUUUUACCCGAACUUGAAAAAAGUAAAUGUUGCGGACAAGAAACAUUUCCGGAAGCUGGAGAGGAUGAAAAUUUUAUCACAGUGUCAGAGGAUGAUGUGAUUUCAACUAUAAGAGCAAUUGUUGGGAACUUAAAUUUGAAAACGAUGAAUUGGGACCACUUGGAUGAGCUGGAUAAAAGUUUACAAUCAACGAAGUGA